AUGGCGAUGAUGGCCGUAAAGCUCGAAGAGAACUCGAGGAGGCGAUCCAUUACGAUGGUUAACCAUGAGGCCCCAGAAGAAAGGUGCGUGAAAAGAAGGCGGAGAGAUGUGGGCGCACUUGCACUCGACUGCAAAAACGAGCCAAUUUUAGAAACAGGCCAAGGCUCACCGACGACCGUGAAGAGAAGUUCUAAAUAUCGCGGCGUGAGUAGACAUCGAUGGACGGGAAGAUUCGAAGCACAUUUGUGGGAUAAACUUUCUUGGAACGUUACGCAAAAGAAGAAAGGAAAACAAGUUUAUCUUGGAGCUUAUGAUGAAGAAGAAUCUGCAGCAAGAGCAUAUGAUCUAGCUGCACUCAAGUAUUGGGGACCAACAACAUUUACAAAUUUCCAUGUAUCUAAUUAUGAGAAAGAGAUUGAAAUAAUGGAGGAUUUAACAAAGGAAGAAUACUUGGCUUCACUAAGAAGGAAGAGCAGUGGAUUUUCGAGAGGGGUGUCGAAGUAUAGGGGUGUAGCAAGGCACCAUCAUAACGGGAGGUGGGAAGCACGGAUUGGGCGAGUUUUUGGAAACAAGUACCUGUAUCUUGGAACUUACAGCACGCAAGAAGAGGCGGCACGUGCUUACGAUAUUGCUGCGAUCGAGUACAGAGGGAUCAACGCUGUUACCAACUUUGAGUUGAGCACUUACAUCACAUGGUUGAAGCCGAUCGCAAAAACUCCACUUGUUAGUCACGUGUCACAAACGUACAUCAAAUCAAACAUGAUGUCAUCAAAUACGUUCAAGGAACCACAGACCCCGUUCCUAGAAUCGCAUGAUUUCGUAGCAGAGGGUCAAAGAUCAUAUGGGAAACAAAAAUCACCGGAAACAAAAUUACCGUUUAGUCCGAGCCAAAAAUCUUCACAAACAGCACUGGGCCUGCUACUUAGGUCAUCAAUGUUUAGAGAACUCGUGGAGAAAAAUGUAAAUUCAAGCAAUGAGGACGAGAGAGAAGAUAUAAAAACGCAAAUGGCGAUAUCUUGUGGCGGAACCGAUGAUAGUAUCGAAUUUCUAGACUCGUUAAAUGCAAUAAAUGCUCGGUUUGAAGGAGACUUCGACUUCAGCUAUGAGUUUUAA